ACAGAGAGAGCCGAGCUGCGCCGCGCAGGGCCGAACAGAGCCGGAGAGACUCGAGUGCGACCGGAGAAGCGCCGGCGGCCGGAAGCGGAGCCGAGCGCAGCCGGAAGGAACCGAGCCCCUCCGAACGGGCUGCGCGCGCAGGGCGUUGGGCUGCGCGCAGCCCGCGCGAUGGCGGCGGAGGGCACGUCUCCGGGCGAAGAUGGGGCUGUCGGCGGCCGUUCGGCUCAGGACAGCUUGCGGCAGUCUAAGUGCCCGGCCGCGGCCCCGAACCGGCGGCGCGGCUCGGCACAGUCGCGUGACGCCGAGCGCCGAGCCCACCAGUGGUGCCGGGAGUACCUGGGCGGGGCCUGGCGCAGAGCGCGGCCGGAGGAGCUGAGGGUUCACCCCGUGAGCGGAGGCCUCAGCAACCUGCUCUUCCGCUGCUCGCUGCCGGACCACCUGCCCAGCGUGGGCGAGGAGCCCCGGGAGGUGCUGCUGCGGCUGUACGGGGCCAUCCUGCAGGGCGUGGACUCCUUGGUCCUGGAAAGUGUGAUGUUCGCCAUCCUUGCGGAGCGGGCCCUGGGGCCUCAGCUCUACGGAGUCUUCCCAGAGGGCCGACUGGAACAGUACAUCCCAAGCAGGCCACUGAAAACGCGAGAGCUUAGAGAGCCCGUGCUGUCGGCAGCCAUCGCCACGAAGAUGGCCCAGUUCCACGGCAUGGAGAUGCCUUUCACUAAGGAGCCCCACUGGCUGUUUGGGACCAUGGAGCGGUAUCUAAAGCAGAUUCUGGACCUGCCCGCGCCAGGCCUCCCGCAGAUGAACCUGCUGGAGACGUACAGCCUGAAGGAUGAGAUGGGCAGCCUCCGGAGGUUGCUAGAGUCCACCCCCUCACCAGUGGUCUUCUGCCACAAUGACAUCCAGGAAGGGAACAUCUUGUUGCUCUCAGAGCCAGAAAAUGCUGACAGCCUCAUGUUGGUCGACUUCGAGUACAGCAGUUACAACUACAGGGGCUUUGACAUUGGGAACCAUUUUUGCGAGUGGGUUUAUAAUUACACUCAUGAGGAGUGGCCUUUCUACAAAGCGCAGCCAGCAGACUACCCGACUCGGGGACAGCAGCUCCAUUUUAUUCGCCAUUACCUGGCAGAAGUAAAGAAAGGUGAGAUCGUCUCCCAGGAGGAGCAGAGGAACCUGGAAGAAGACUUGUUGGUCGAGGUUAAUCGGUAUGCUCUGGCAUCCCAUUUCUUCUGGGGUCUGUGGUCCAUUCUCCAGGCAUCCAUGUCCACCAUAGAAUUUGGUUACUUGGAGUACGCCCAGUCUCGGUUCCAGCUCUACUUCCAGCAGAAGGGGCAGCUGACCGGCUUCCACCCCGCAUCCUGACUCUCCACCGCCAACUCCUCGGGUCUUCCGGGAGCCUCCAGGGCAGGACCUUGGAGUGCAGGGCAACGAGCAGAAGGCCCUGGGGCCUGGGCUGAGCCCCCAGUGACAUGGGUGGAGGAGACUGACCUCUCCCUGGCGAGCGGUGGGAGCCCUUUGGCUGUGUACCUUAAGACAAUAAACGAGCUUCUUUCACA